AUGGCCUACAGAAGAAGAAGCAUAGCCUCAUCUAUUGCAGAUGUCUUUACUAUAAGUCCUCUGCCAUACCCAGUUCUCCUUAUUCUAGCAGUGAUCUUAAUCUUCUUUUCUAUAUCAUGGUAUGUCUCUUAUGACUCAAUUAUAGAAGCUGCAGAAGUGCAGAUGAGUUGGGCGCUAUUAGCCAUUCCUAUACUACUUCUAAUGGCAGUCCACUUGGUGUCAUCCAUGGAAAAUUCUGACCUCUUCUCUGCUUCCUCGCCCUAUGGUUAUCGCCGCCGCAGCUACCAUAGUCCUCAGGAAGGCAGCUCUCCAUGGGGCGUGGCUGCUUUAAUUGUGUUGUUGCUUAUUAUGGUGCAAUACCAGUCUGUGUUCCAUGAUAGCUGGCUUGUUUAG